AUGGCUGCCAAUCCCAAGCGCAGCAGCAGGAGGGCCCUCGGUCACCGUCGCCGCGUUGACGACGAUGGCGAUGACGAGGGUGGGCCCGAGACACUCGAUGCUCUCGACGAUGACUCGAUGACCGAGGGGUCCGUCAUUAGCGACGAGAACAACCAUGCGGAUGAUAGCGACACUAGCAAUGUUGACGAGGCAUCACCUAUAUCCCCCGUCCUCAAAAAGAACUCGGGCCGUGGGUCGGCGAAAGCCAGUGAUCGUCGCGCUGCCGCCGUCGUCUCUGGAGCAACCGACGCUGACGGCCAUGCCGCUGAUGCUGUCGCCGAGACCGAAUCAGGCCUCCACGAGCUGAGCAUCUCGGACUCGCCAAAGACCGCCCAUGCCGACGAAGCCACCGCGCCACCAUCCAAGCCGGGCGGGCCAGUAGUUGUAAGCUCAACAUCGGUCCCGUCCCAGGAACCUCCCUUCGAACGCCGUCGACGUGAACAUGAGGAGUACCGCAAGAAAAGGGACGAGGACCCGGCAUUCGUGCCGAAUCGUGGAGCAUUCUUCAUGCAUGACCACCGUCAUGCCGGUCCUGCUGCGAAUGGCUUCCGCCCCUUUGGCAGAGGAGCAUUGGCUAGAGGCCGAGGGAGGGGCCGCGGUUUUGGUGGCCCCUUCGCACCGGUACAGUCGUUCCAGUCACCUUUUGACCCCACGACGAGUGCUCCUUGGUCUCACGAUAUGCAUGAGACCGUUGCUGAGCCCAUGCCUCCCCGACAACCAAGGCAAUCCGCUCAACCUGCCGAGGGCCUUCCCAAUGGCGACGGACACAUCCCCACUUGUCCUCCCAGCAACACUCCCAUCAACAGAACACUGUCGACUGAGAAGACGCUGGGCAAUGUGGAAAUCCGAGUCUUUUUCCCAGGCCUUAAGGAGCCUAAGUCGUUCUCUGGUAUCCCGAUCAAGCGUUACACGAAAUUACCUGACCACAGGCCCCCGCUGCGACGUGACAAGCCUGUCCGUAUUUCACUGCCGGACAACCCGCCUCGAUACGUAUUCCCUGCUGUUGACAGGUCUUUCAUCUUUAUUCCUCGGGCUCUACGACCAAAUCAGCAGCGGGUGCGCGGCAAGCCACGCCCGGGCCUGGGCUCCGUGGGCGGUUACUCGCGCCGCACAAGUGCCUAUGGAGGAAGUUAUUAUGGUGGAAGUGUCUACACCCCGAGUGUCGAUAUGAGUCGGCGUUCGUCUAUUGCUCCAGCAGACUUCAUAUCUCCGACCGGAUCUGCCAUGUCGCGUCCCAUUGUCCGGCUCCCCCCUAUGGCUCGUCCAGACAUGCCAAUGCCAAUGCCUGUACCAGGCCCUAUGACCGCGGUCUUCCCCCAGCCUCCUCCCCCAGUUGGCGACACUCCCGAUUCUUCCACACCGGCACCGGCACCGGCACCGGCACUGGCACCUGCGCCAGAGCAGUCCGUGGCCUACGAGCCUUCUAUCAGCGAUCUGCCGCACCCUCAAACGCACCCUCUCCCUCAGAAGCCUAUCUUCCAAGAAAAUCGGCCGGGCUCCAUCCCUAUGCACCAACCCCGGCCGCAGAAGGCUGUGUCGGUGGAGAACAUCGAGUCGCCUACGCGGCAAAUCAAUCCACCGCAACAAUACCAGCAAGCUUUCCACCAGCAGGUACCCCCUCAGGUGGUUAACAGCUUGUCCCAGGACACACACGCUCGCAAUCCGUCCUACCCGUCUCAAUUCUCCACGGGGACGCCUCUGUCACAGAUCCCCGAAAGGGCCAUCCAUGCCGCGCCGUUCCAACCCUCCGCCUUCACGCAGCCUCAACCCCAGCCUCAGCCUCAGCCGGCCUAUUACAAUCAGCCGUAUCAGAUGAUGGCUCCUCCGCAGGGUUAUUACUACCCCCCGCAAUACGGUAAUAACAUGGCUCCGUCGGCCGCAGCUCCGCCUUUCUACCCUGGAACACAGCAGCCUCAACAGAUGAACUACAACCAGAGCGGCCAGGGUGACCCUUCAGGUGGCCAGGGGAAUGGACAGGGUGGUGCAUCGGCAGCAUUGGUUGCCCAAGAGAGUGGGGGCUGCGUGUAUUACUACGACGCAUCUCAAAUACCUACAUAUCCCAAUUACCCGGCCUACGCAGCACCCGGGUACGGCAUGGGUAUGUCGCCAGGGCCUGACGGCUUCUACUACAACCAGGCGGCUCCAGGAAUGGCCCCUUAUCCAGGAUAG